UGUCAACCAGCGCAGAUCACGUGAUUGAUGACGUAUGACGCGCCAAAUGCAUCAUUCACCUGAACCAGGUUUCAGAUCUCAGGUGUGUUUGAUCAGAAGGGCGCGCUGUUGUCUAUAAAUACAGAUGAAUCCCAAACGUUUCCCGACCAGUUCUGUUGUUUCCCGUGUAUCGUAAGAAUCAACGUCAUGGCACCCGGUAAAAAACGUUCUGUGGCUUGGGAUCAUUUCAACUUGAUUUCUCCAAAUAAGGUGCAAUGUUUGAUUUGCAUACAUGAAUUUGCAUUCAAUGAUAGUACAUCCUCCAUGAUGCGACAUCUCCGCUCCGUUCAUCAUGUUGAAACUCCGCAGUCGGCAAAUCAAGCCUUCAAUCCACCUCGUAUUGUGUCAAGAAAGCAAGAACUUGAUUCUGCAUUGGUGGAUAUGAUUGUAAUGGAUGCACAACCAUUUUCAAUUGUUGAAGACAAAGGCUUCAAGGCUUUUGUCAACCUUUUGGACCCAUCCUACAUAAUUCCUAAUAGGAAGGCCUUGAGGACAAUGGUGGAGGAGAAGUACAAAGCCAAAAAGGAGAAGGCUUUAGAUGUGGUUAGCAGGGCCUCUGCUGUCAGCCUUACAGCAGACAUGUGGACAUCCAUUAACAUGGACGCUUACUUGGCUGUAACAUGCCAUUUUAUCACCGAGGAGGUGGAGCUGGCCUCUGUGGUCUUAGGGGUUCUGAAGUUUCCCCAAACCCACACUGCAGCUCACUUGGCUGAGGCCAAAAAUCUUCUCAUGGAAGAAUGGGGAAUUAAAGGGAAGGUGACAGGCCUGGUUACAGACUGUGCUCCCAACAUGGUUGCAUGUGCUAAUACAUUACUACUUCGGCACAUAAUGUGUUUUGCACAUAUGCUUAAUUUGGUGGUGAAAAAGUCCCUUGCCCAAACCCCUGAACUAGAGGAUAUCCGAAGUAAGGGGCGUAGGAUUGUCGGUCUUUUUAAACCCAGCACCACAGCGAAGGAGAAGCUGUCAGAGAUGCAGCGACAGCUGGCCAGGCCAGAGCACAAAUUAAUACAAGAGGUGGAAACAAGAUGGAACAGCACAUUUAAUAUGUUGGAAAGGCUGUUUAAGGAGAGAGAGCCACUGGGGGCAGCUCUGGCCACCCUCCAUACGGACCUUCCUCCACUCACCUCAGAGGACUACCAGGCCAUACACCACUGCUUGAGCGUUCUUUCACCGUUUCAAGAGGCCACAGUUGAGCUUUCGACAGAAAAACGAGUGUCAGCAUCCAAAGUCAUUCCCAUGGUCAAAAUGCUGAAACAUUACAUCUCAAGCAGGUGUGGUCAGAUCACACACCCACUUGGUGAAAAACUGGCCACUAACUUGAAGAACAAUCUCCAUGAGAGGUUGUCAGCUCUGAAGAAGGUCACUGCUCUGUCAAUGGCAACCUUGUUGGACCCAAGGUUUAAAGAGCUGGGGUUCUGCAGCCAAGGCUCUGCCCACACGGCCAUAGAGCGACUCACUAAAGAGUGUGCUGCAACAAUGCAGGCGCUACUUCCAGAGGCACAGCCACAGUCGCCACCCAGAGAAGGUCCUUCAAGUCAGCAGGAAGAUGGUGGUCUCUGGGCCCUGCUGGACAGGCAUGUGGGGGUUCAACAGCAGGUGAACAGCACAACUGCCAGUGCAACAGUGGAGGUUCAGAGAGACUCCAUUGUCCAGCACGUCAACAUUAAGAGGUUCUACACGCACUCCAUCUCAGGAGCAUCAGUCAAAGACAUCUACAACCAUCUCACCAGUAAAUACCCCUCUGCCUCAACCGUCAUCAUUUAUGCAGAGCGGGACAUGCGGCUGCUAGAGGCCUACUGCCUGGAAGCCGAAAGGACGAGGUCUUACUGGGAUUUUGACCAGGCCCAGUUUGCCUCUGGUGGUCCCGGAUGCACCCCAGCCCCGUCCUGUUCCGGUGGUGGUCCCGGAUGCACCUCAUCCUGUGCCAGUGGUGGUCCCGGAUGCACCCCGACCCCUCCCUGCUGCCAGGCGGGUGCUGGCUAUACCCCGACCGCUCCCUACUCCCAGGGGGUGCUGGCUGCACCCCGACCCGUCCCUACUCCCAGGGGGUGCUGGCUGCACCCCGACCCGUCCCUGCUCCCAGGGGGGUGCUGGCUGCACCCCGACCGGUCCCCGCUUUCAAUGGCUUCCGCCAGAGCUCGGCUCCACGCCUGA